AGAAAGGCGCAGACCUGCCAUAGGAAGGAUUUUGUCCUCUGCCUAGAAAAAGGGAGGCGUGGAUAGGAUAAGGAAUGGGCUUGGGAUGGAGACUAAGGUUUGAGAUGGUUUAUAUUCUGCACCUACAGGCUUGGCUGACCCUCAGGGCCACUCUUUGUGGGAAAAGAAAGAAGUUAUCCAGGCUAGUGGAGCAGCUGGGUUCUAAACUAGGGCACUGCUUUUUCCCCUUCUCCACAUAUCAAGGCAAGAUUGGAUGAUCUACUGCCCCAGUCAAGGUCUCCCAGCCAGCUCCCCUCAGAGCCUUAUAUAACAGGCAGGCCUGGUUGCACAGAGGACCAGUAGCUGACCUACCUGCUCAGCCCUUCCCUACAACUCAUUAAGAAUAUAUGAAACACUUAUUGGUAUAAGCACUAACCAGUGUCCUUCUAAAUGUGUACACGUAGGCAGUUAGAAGUGAAGCUAUUCAUGGAGUUAAAUUCCUGCAAACACUACAUAAUUGAUUUGACCCAAAUUUGCCUAUAAUUAUCAACAAACCAUGGAAAAUUUUAGUAUCCUCUAAAAUUUUAAAAGCUAAAAAUAUACACCUUAGUUUUUGAAAUUCUACUACAUCAUUUAUACUGAAAACAUAUAGUAAACCAUUAAUCCAAGAACAGUAAUAGCUGGUAUAUAUGAUGAGCUAUGAGUGUUUGACACCGGUAAGAGCCCUAUGAGGUGGGAGCCAUUCUUACAACCUAUUUACAGAUGAGAGCACUAAAGCUCCAGCAGGUUCAGUUCUUUUCUAGAGUCACAGUGCUGCUAAGAGCCAACACUGAAGUCUGAGGAGCUGAGUUUAUACAAUCAACUUGAGAUCAGUUUGCUUUAGGGGUCCCCUGGCGAUGGCAGAAAUGAACCCUGCACAGGGCCGUGUGGUUUUUGAGGACGUGGCCAUAUAUUUCUCCCAGGAGGAAUGGGGGCACCUUGAUGAGGCUCAGAGAUUGCUGUACCGCGAUGUGAUGCUGGAGAAUUUGGCCCUUUUGUCCUCACUAGGUUGUUGCCAUGGAGCUGAGGAUGAGGAGGCACCUUUAGAGCCAGGUGUUUCUGUAGGAGUGUCACAGGUCAUGGCUCCAAAGCCCUGUCUAUCUACCCAGAAGACCCAGCCUUGUGAGACAUGUAGCUCACUUCUGAAGGACAUUCUGCGUCUGGCUGAGCAUGACGGAACACACCCCGAGCAGGGACUGUACACAUGUCCAGCACAUCUUCACCAGCACCAAAAGGAGCAGAUUAGAGAGAAACUUUCUAGAGGGGAUGGAGGAAGACCGACAUAUGUGAAGAACCACAGAGUUCACAUGGCAGGGAAGACCUUCUUGUGCAGUGAAUGUGGGAAAGUCUUUAGCCACAAACAUAAACUUGCUGACCAUCAGAAAAUCCACACUGGAGAAAGACCUUAUAAGUGCAGCAAAUGUGGGAUGUUGUUUAUGGAAAGGUCCACACUCAAUAGACAUCAGAGAACUCACACUGGAGAAAGGCCUUAUGAGUGCAAUGAAUGUGGGAAGGCCUUUCUUUGUAAGUCUCACCUUGUUCGUCACCAGACAAUCCACUCUGGAGAAAGGCCUUAUGAGUGCAGUGAAUGUGGGAAAUUGUUUAUGUGGAGUUCCACACUCAUUACACAUCAGAGGGUUCACACUGGAAAGAGGCCUUAUGGUUGCAGUGAAUGUGGGAAGUUCUUUAAGUGCAACUCAAACCUCUUUAGGCAUUACAAAAUUCAUACAGGAAAAAGGUCUUAUGGUUGCAGUGAAUGUGGGAAAUUCUUUACGGAAAGGUCUACACUUAGUAGACAUCAGAGAGUUCACACUGGAGAAAGGCCUUAUGAGUGCAAUGAAUGUGGGAAAUUCUUUAGCUUGAAAUCCGUCCUCAUUCAACACCAAAGAGUUCACACUGGAGAACGGCCUUAUGAAUGCAGUGAGUGUGGGAAGGCCUUCCUUACAAAGUCCCACCUCAUUUGUCAUCAGACAGUUCACACUGCAGCAAAGCAGUGCAGUGAAUGUGGGAAAUUCUUUAGGUAUAACUCCACACUUCUCAGACAUCAGAAAGUCCACACUGGAUAAGGUCCUUAUGAAUGUAGUGGUUGUGGGAAAGCCUUCAGUCGCCAACAUAUUGUGUGGCUGGACACAGGCCGUACACACUGGAGAAAGACUGAGUGCCGUGAAUGUGGGUAAUUAUGUAGGUACAGCUCUCCAAUUGCUAUGUAUCAGAGAAUUCACACUGCAGAAAUGUGUGUUCAGCAAACUUGGGACAUUAUUUUUGUUUGACUCUCAUCUCAUUAGAUGUUGGAGAGUUUACACUCCAGCAGAGUAUUUUCAAUAAAGUAGAAAGUGGUAAAGA